AUGGCGACCUACCCAACGUCGUUGACAAACCAGCCAGGCCAGCCAUUGCCUCAAGUAGCGGAGGAAGGCGAGACGACGCCGUCGCACGGCGGCAUGGUUGUCGGCCACGAGUUCGAUGUCCCGAUCUCGCCAAAGCCGGUUUCUGUCACCCAACCACAACUACCCGGCCGCGAACAAUCCCAGCUCCAGAGUAUAAAUCCGCCUAGUCGUCCGCCCAGCGCGCAGAAUCCCAUUCCUAGACGGUCUGCGUCCACCGUUCAGAAGCUACGGCCCGUCUCCAUGCCCCCGCAGAGCUUUGCCACCCCCGACCGCAGCGACCGCGACCGCCAGCAAAAUGAUGACGGCUCACGGCGGGAACAGCCUUCAGGCAGCAGGCCGCGCAGCACGAACAGGAUUCUUGGGGAUUACACGCUGAGCAAGACGUUGGGUGCGGGGAGCAUGGGCAAGGUUAAGCUUGCUCAUCACAACAUCACUGGCGAAAAGCUCGCGGUCAAGAUCCUCCCGCGAGCGUCGCCACCGAGUGGAGCCGUGCCGACCUCGGAGGCAGCGGCCAAGCAGGCCUCCAAGGAUGCCUCAAAAGAGAUCCGAACGCUGCGCGAGGCAGCGCUGUCUAUGCUGCUCCAUCAUCCGUACAUCUGCGGCAUGCGUGAGAUGAUUGUGCAUGCGCACCACUAUUACAUGGUCUUUGAAUACGUGAACGGCGGUCAAAUGCUCGACUACAUCAUUAGUCACGGCCGCCUGCGCGAGCGGGUUGCGCGCAAGUUCGCCCGCCAGAUUGGGAGUGCUCUCGACUACUGUCAUAAGAACAACGUCGUCCACCGGGACCUCAAGAUCGAGAACAUUCUCAUCUCACAAACGGGAAACAUCAAGAUCAUCGAUUUUGGGCUCUCGAAUCUGUACGAUCCCGCGAGCCACCUCUCGACGUUCUGUGGCUCGCUCUACUUUGCCGCACCUGAGCUGCUCAACGCGAAGGUGUACACCGGUCCCGAGGUUGACGUUUGGAGCUUCGGCGUCGUGCUUUAUGUGCUCGUGUGUGGCAAGGUGCCCUUCGACGACCAGAGUAUGCCUGCGCUGCACGCUAAGAUCAAGCGUGGUUUAGUGGAGUAUCCUGUCUGGCUCAGUGCAGAGUGCAAGCACUUGCUCACUCGUAUGCUCGUCACAAACCCGGUUAACCGCGCGUCGUUGACGGAGGUACUUAGCCACCCGUGGAUGGUGCGUGGCUUCAACGGCCCACCCGACUCACACCUCGUCCACAGGGAGCCGUUGCGUGCAGAUGAGCUCGAUCGGCAGGUGAUUCGUGGCAUGAAAGGCUUCGAGUUCGGCACCGAGGAGGAUAUCGAGCACAGGCUGGUCGAAGUCCUCGAGUCUGACGCCUAUGGUCGCGCGGUGCAGCAUUGGGAGCGCAAGCGCAUGAUUCCGAACGGGCGCAACGGAAAUGGGCGCCAAUGGGGCGAGUCGUUCUCCAACUCGUCGCUUGCGGUUUCCCAGGAUGGCACAUACAACACGAAUGGCAAGCACGAGUCUCCAUCAAAAUCAAAGCGCCGAUUCUCAGGCUUCGACUUCUACCGCCGCAAGUUCUUCUCACCCUCCUCGUCUCCGCCGGGUUCGCCAUUUGCAGGUUCCCCACCAACCUCCCAAUCCCAUCUCUCGAAUACAUCCCUUGUUGAUGCCAGCCAGCGCGAACCACCAGAUCCAACGUAUGGCUUCCAUCCGCUCAUCUCUAUCUACUUCCUAUCGCGAGAAAAGAUGGAGCGAGAGAAGGUCUAUGGUCCCGGUCACUUUGCCAACUCGCAGCUCUCUCUCGAGACGCCACAGGGUGAGGCAGCCCCAGAGGAUGCCAAUAUGCCAACGAACGCGAAGCAGCUCUCACAGCCCACAGUCCGGAAGAAGGACACUGUUGCUGCGAAGCCAGAUUACAGCAUGCCACUUCCGCGUUUGCCUGCGCCGGAGACAUCACACUAUUCUGGCAUGUCGUAUGAUCCUUCUGCUCCGGGCCCAUCGCCUGUUUCGCCCACGUUAGCGGCACAACCGCGCGCCCGUGAUGCUGCGUUAACUGGACCCAGAUCGCCUGUCCUGCCUGCGUCAGCACCGAAUACGGCGACAAAGGUGCAGAUGAACUUACCCCGUAUCCCACCUGCCACCACGCACCGUCGAAGUCAUAGUCUCAGCAAGCAGCCAAGUAUGGGGAAGUCAUUCGGGGGGAGGUUCGGUGGAGGCGGCGUCGAGCCGGUCAGCGAGGACACCAUGCUCAGGCCUCAUCCGGACGCGCUGGAUGCUCCGCGCUCUGCAGGACCUGACAGGACGUCAUACGCAGAGCACGCAGAUGACGACGUGCGACCGCCCAUGUCUGCAGGGGCGACGCUGGUGCGUAAGUUUGGCAGCUUGCUGGUCGGGAAGAGCGAUGAGGGGCGGAGAUCUCUCUCCCACGGGACAGCCAAGCGGGGGAGCAUCCUUCAGUCGUUCUCCCCACGGCCGUCUGCAGAGGUCACGGAGAUGGCGGUCGAUGAGCACGGCACGCUGGUGCAUGAAGAACGGAACGAGGAUGGACUCAGGAGCCAUGAACCCGUGCAGGCUAGUACGAUCACGCAAAGCCACAGCCAGCCGAUCGCUUCCCCACAUCGGCGCGCUGCUACGGUCUUGGAUCCACAAGGACGGGCAGCACGGCAUGAGCGGAGAAAUAGCACGGGAGCUGCGUUCUUCUCGAAUGUUGGCGGUACCAUCGGACGCCAUCGUCGGCAAUCCACGGGCUAUUCGAGCGAAUACAGAAGGGCUGCAGGAGACAGGACGUUUGAGAGGACCGACGAGGAGGACGAGGGUGCCGAGCUCAAUCACGGCAUGCCUGAGUCGUCAGUUACGAACAGGAAGGGUGCAGGGCGGUCGUCCAAGGAUGAGGAGGGCCAUGGCGAGGAGAAGGAGUUCAAGCCUGUUUAUCUCAAGGGUUUGUUUAGUGUGGCAACGACUUCGACGAAGCCUCCGUCAGUAAUCAAGGCCGACAUCCGGCGUGUCUUGGACAGAAUGCAAGUACAGUAUCGCGAGACGAGGACCGGCUUCGAAUGCAUUCACUUGCCAUCCAUCGACGUAUCUUCUGUUCAGCCACCACCGCCUUCUGAGCGCCAACAUCGCAAACGAGGCUCUGCAGGUUCGAAUGAGACUGAUACGACGAAACGCUCGAUUGUCCGAAAGACGUCCAAGAUGUCUUUUGGGAAUAAGAGCGCGAACAAGACGCCCGAAGUCAAGGAAAAGGAGCUGCCCAGCCGACCAUCUGGCACAGGCCUGAGUGCAACGACGAGCAGCGCCUCAUCAUCCUUCUUCCAUGUAUCAUCCACUGCCCACAAUGCGCCCGUCGAGGGUGUGCGGUCCGACACCGCUGAGCCGACGGCGAACCAGGCUGACGAACCAGUCGCCCGUGCUCAAUCAAUCAGCAAAGGCAAAAUAUUGCCGCCUAUACCCCGUACUUUUGCUUCAAGCCCGCCGCCGUCUUGUCCGACACCAUUACCUACAGGAGAGGUUGACUCGGACGUGUUUGAGAGCAUGGGCGCUAGCUCGCUCGCUGUCCGGUUUGAGAUCAACAUUGUGAAGGUACCAUGGCUUCCACUUCAUGGCAUUCAGUUCCGACGCUCAGGGGGCGACGGGUGGCAAUACGGUAUGUUGGCUCGCCGAGUACUGACCGAGUUGAAGCUAUGA